GUUUUAAUUCCUCCGAAGCGUAGUUUCCGUCAGUUUUCUGAAAUAGUUCAGGCGAUAAAAACAAGUCGACUGCACAACGCAUUGUUGGAUUUUUGCAAACCUUUCAUCAUAAGAAUUGUUGAGAUUAGAAACAAACAUUAACAAACAUACUCUCCGGAAAACGUGUUUGUUUGCUAGCGUCAAGCUUUUGCUGCAACGUGUAAGUUAUGUAAACAAUGCAAUGGAGACAAGCGAAGAAGUGCUUCAGGGUUCUCCGAUGAUUCACGGAAAAGAGCAAGCACGAAUUGACAGGAGUGGGCCCUCAACGAGCAGAAACCAGACCACAGGAACUCCCCUCUCACCUAUGGACCCAUUGAACACACUGUCCAACUUUGAGUCAGAGAUGGAGCCAGACGGACAGGGAAACUACUCUCUCUUCCCUGCCUUGGACAACAUGGCCAGCCUGGCAGGAGCUGCCGAGGCUCUAGAGAGUGAACCAGCUAACGAUGUUGCAGACAAGCCCAAUCUCACAUGGCUUGAUGCUGCGCAGAUUGUACUGGAGGCAGCUGGACGCCCAAUGCACAUCAAGGAGAUCAAACAGCAAAUCAUUGACAGGGGAUUGGUUCAGUCCAAUGCGAAGUCGAGCCUUGAGGCUGUCAUGUACCGUGAGACACAGAAAGGCAGCAGGAGAUUCAAGAGGAUUGAGAACAGAAAUGGAGUCUUUGCACUGUUGACAGAUGAUGAGGGGCAGCAGGCUCUACAGUCCUUCACCACCCAGUCUUUCAUGGGGUCUCCCCCCCAGUCAACCUUCUCCAGCUCUGGCUCUGCAGCCUCUCUGCCUCCCUUCCCCUCCCCCACAGGUCUCUCUGAGACCAGGCCCAAGACCAAGAAAGGCCCACGCAAGAACCAGAACGAAAAGUACAGACUAAAGUACCUCAGACUACGCAAAGCAGCACUGGCCAUGAUUUUUGAGAAUGCGGCUCUCUGUGAUGAAGUUGCACACUUAGAGGAGAAGUUUGUGCGAGCAAAAGAGGAGCGCAGGUUCUUACUGAAAUCGCUGUUGCAGUACCAGUCUGUGUCAGAGGGGGAGCUGCUCACCGCUGCUACUACCAGCUCUCACACCCCUGUGACCUUCAGUUCUGUCCCAACGGGGGCGUCAGUCCUGCCUGUGGGUCAUAACCUGGCCUCUGGGACCUCUGGGGCAGAGGAGGGCCUUCAUAAGAAGCCUAAGAAGGAACGAGGCAGGGAGAAUGGAAAAGAGGAUGGUCCAAAAAGAAUGUCAAAAAAGCGUAAGCUUGCUGAUGCGGGGUCUCGUAAGCUGGUUCAGCCCAUCGCUCUGGACUCCUCAGGACGUCCUGUCUUCCCCAUAGUACUGGGGGGUCUGACUGUGUACAGUCUAGGGGAGAUUAUCACAGACAGGAUGCUGUUCCAUGACCAGUGUGCCAUCUACCCAGUGGGUUUCUGUAGCACACGCUUCUUCGCCAGCAUGAAGAGCCCUGAUCAGCAGUGCCUCUACACCUGCCAGAUUAAGGACGGGGGUGGUGGCCCACAGUUUGAGAUAGUGCCUGAGGAAGACCCUCAGAAUGCCAUAGCUGCCUCCUCUGCCCUCACCUGCCAUUCCAACCUGCUGAAGGCCAUUGGUGCUCUAAGAUCUAAACCGGUGGCACCCAUCGUGCCUUCAGGAGCAGACUUCUUUGGCUUCUCCCACCCCACCAUCCAGAACCUGAUCCAGAGCUGCCCAGGAGCACGCAAGUGCAGCAAUUAUCAGUGGAUCCGUUUUGAGGUGUGUCGUCCAGGCGACGGCCAGGUUCCACACAGCCUGUCUGAGGACGAUGCCUCGGUCAGCUUUGAGGCCUACCAGAAACACCAGGGCUUUGAUGACACCAUCAGGGGGGAGAACAAUCUAGUAGGCAUGACUCCACAAUCCCCUGGUUCCUCUCACCAGCAUCUUCUGAGCUCACCCACCCUGCAACCUUCUACAUCUUACUUCAGCCACUGAUCCGUUCCUCCUCAACCUCCACACCAGUGAAGUAGUGGUAAAGAAAAAACUGGUAAACGAUGAUCGCCUUUUGCGGUUAAUAAAGUAACGCUCCAUAUAUUUUCAAUGCAUUUAUUUGUGAUAGGUGGGUAAAUGCUUGUGCAAAAUAAAUGAAAUGGCAUUUACCCUCCACUACACCACUGCUCUAGAAAGCCUGGUGACACCUGUGUGGAGGUUCUCAAUAGGACCAGUUGCGUCUGUACUGACAUUGACAGUUCUAGAAGGAACCAAGAAGAGGAGACUACAGAAUCAUGUUCUCUUACAUUUAAACGAUCAAUGUACGUUGUUAUCAUGUGAAAGAAAGUUGAUCUGACUGCCCUCUGCAGGUCUCUUUGUGUAGUUGAUCAAGUUUGCCCCUGUAUGUACCACUGUAGUUAGUACUAUAAAAUGGGUGGUUUGAGCCCUGAAUGCUGAUUGGUAUACCACGGGUAUGACAAAACAUUUAUUUUUACAGUUUUAAUUACAUUGGUAACCAGUUUAUAAUAACAAUAAGGCCCCUUGGGGGUUUGUGAUAUAUGGCCAAUAUACCAAGGCUAAGAGGUGUAUCCAAUCCUUAACUGUGGUAUAUUGGCCAUAUACCACACCCCCUCCUGCCUUAUUGCUUAACUAUAGUUGAUUUGGUGGACAAUGUAAAAUGGACUACGCCUGGCAUCUCAAUAAAAACAUUUUAUUUCA